AAAUGCAUAUGAUGCAUUUGUAAGUCUCUUUAUGUAAGUGUGUAUGCAUAUAUGUGUAUGAACGUUCAAUCGACUUGUUCGAUUCGAAGAGGUCAAUUAAUGUAAUAAAGAUCGGAGUCGCAUCGGUGUUUCCUUCGAGCAUUGGCCGCUAGCACCGCUGAUCUCGAAGACUCGUCGACGAAGUCGGUGUGAAUACCGGUAGAGGCGUCACGCGUGGGACUCUCGAUCGACAGUUUAAAAGAUUUCAGGCCCCGUGAAACUAGCAGAAGGAGGAAGGGAAAAUCUGAAAUUUAAUCUUGAGACAAAGAGAGGAUGAAGAGGGAGACGUGAUCAAACAGAAAGGGAGAGAGAGGGUGAAGAGAGAGAAAGAAAAAUGGUGAUGAUGCAGAAUGAGGUGCUUUCUUCGGCCUUCGUUUGGGCUGCUCAUGGCCUUUCUCGUGUUCGGCCCCGAAUCACAAGCUUGGCUGCCAAUCCUCCUCGUGGGCUUCUAUGAAGUCAUGGUCCUUUUGACAAUGUGUCAGGCCUCCAAUCACGUUAUCGCUCCAACUCAUGCCUCGAGCCCUCAAUCCGCGAGGUCAUACAUAAAAAAGAAGUGGUGUAUUUGGUCUGCUCUAUCUAUGGCAUAUAUCCCACCACACAUGCGGAAAAGCAAAGAGGUUCGGUCUCCGACAGCUGCGAUGCUAGUUCCUAGGUUCCAGAAGAAUCUUAAUCUCGGAUCAAAACCCGGCAUGGACAAGAGCGGCAAGAUUGUUUAUGCAGACACUGCGAUAUCGAGAUGGUUUGCUGUUGGCUUGGAUGGCAGGGAAACAGAGGGCCCACCUCCCGUUCUUCUUCAGCGAGUACCCGUGGAGAUGAUUGAGCGGAUAAAUGUUGAGACGCCUCUGGCGCUAGUGAGAAGUAGCCAUCUCAAUGAGGGGCAGAGGACUCGGGAUAGCUCAGACAAGCCAUGGACUUACCUUAUUGAAAAGAUCCUGCCGGACUUAAUCUGUUCUUCUAAAUUCAUGAGGGGCCAAAUGGAAGCAGAGGGCUGGAACUCAAAGGAAGUAAAGCCAAAACUCGUCGCGAGAGUCGGAAAAAUCCUUUUUAUCCCGAGGAGGCCUUCCAUUUGGGAGGAAGAUCUGAAUAAAGAUUCAAUCAACGAAGCCACCUUGAAGCAGUUGAACAGAACCUUCUACGCCUUUAUCCCUGCUUCAUCUAUGAAGGGCAUUGUGGACGAAGUUGUUCCGAAGAUUGGAGUCAAAUUCGAAGAUCUAAAGGAUGUAUAUUAUGUAAAGUUGUCCGACAAAUCUCGACCCGAUGCAACUAUCUCAUGCAAAUGCAGAGUCAUGAAAAAAGAGAAUCGGCUUGAACCCUAUAAGCUUCAGUUAAACCAAGUCCGCCACAUGGUGCAUGAUAUCUCGUGCAUUGAGAAAAAAUCCGACCUAAGGCUCAUGCUCUUCACCAAGCGAAGUUUAAUAUCUCUUCAUGAUGAUGAGGAGGAGAGCAUCAAGGCUUUGAUUGCUUCAGCGAUAUUAGACCCGACUUCAAAGGGAGGUCUGAGAUGGCCAUUUGGUAAGGCAUCAUCCCCUGGGGAUAGAUACAGAGUCAUUGACGCGUGGCAUACGGUUUCACGAGUUUAUGUGAGCCCUUCGAUGAGACUUAAGGUCCAAGAUUCAAAUUAUUUCAAGACAUCAGUUAGGGAAACCACGGGGGAGAUCACACUCGGGUUGAAGGGAAUCGCUUCAGAGUUACUGGAAAAGAAGCUCGAGAUCAACUUGGUAUCUGACAUGCUCGAGAGCAUAUUGAAGCUGCUGUGGGAGCAUUUCUUGCAUUUCGAAGCAGUUCACAAUGGAAAUACUGCUGCUAUGGAUAUUCCCAUGUUCUCGUGAUUGCUCUCUGCUCUCAGCGUGUUAUGUUUCACAAGUACCUAAAGCUUCGGUUGGUUAAGUUCAUGUAAACUUGCUUCGCUAUCAGCUCAGUGUUAACUAUUAUGAGAAGAUGUUUAAGCAGUUAACUAUUAAAACAAAAAAGACGGCAGAAUCUACCAGUUGGUCGAA